UGUCACCUCCUAAUGUCCCCACCCCUACAUUCCAACUCCUCUUAUUCCUCAAUGUUUUCUGCUUGGCCUCCGACCUCUCCUACCUAUACCACCGCACCUCCUCGAUCAGAAUCAUCCAGCCCACUCCUUCCAUCCCUGUCCAUGGCUAUAGGAGCGUUAUCCAAUGCUCUCGGCCUCUGGAUCCUUGCCCGGGCAUACUCCCACUCUCGGCGGCUCCGACGUUCCAGAGCGCAGUUCCUCCUCUUGGCUUCGGGUCUUUUAUUGACAGACUUGGCUGGACAUGUCAUCACAGGAUCCUUCGUUCUCUGGCUCUACUCCUAUGGCGGAAUAUCAAUGGGCGGAUGUCAAUUUCUCGGGUGCUGCAUGGUGUUCUUCGGCCUUUCCCCGCUCUUUCUUGGCCUUCUCAUGGCAUGCGAACGUUGCCUCGGACUUACAAGACCCCUCUGGCAUGCCAUUAUGGUUACUCACAACCGAGCACGGAUAAGCCUGGCCUUGACCUGGGCAGUAGCUCUUCUGGUGUCCACCCUUCCAUUUCUCGGCUAUGGAACGUAUGGGUUGCAACCUUCAGGAACCUGGUGCUUUUUGCAGGAGCCCCCAGGAUUUUGCCUUCUAUUUUCCGGAUUGGGUCUGGGGUCCCUGGCUGCUGCUCUUAUAUGCAACAUGAUAGUUGGGGUUACUUUGCUGAGAGCACGGAUGCAGAGAAAAUCUGAAGGGGACCGCAGGAGACACCGUCGGGGAACCCGUUCUCAUGACUUGGAGAUGGUGGUGCAGCUGUUGGCAAUCACACUGGUGUCAUGCGUGUGCUGGAGCCCUCUGCUGGUCUCUGUGGUGAUGUUACAGACCGGCGCCCCUUUCCCUCGUCCUAACUGGCUGCUGUUAACGGUACGCUUGGCCUCCUGCAACCAGAUCCUGGACCCUUGGGUGUACAUUCUCCUCCGCCGCUCUGUGCUGCACCGCCUCUGUAGCAUCUUCGUGAGAGUGGCUCGAGUGCGAGGGGGGAAACCAAUCCGCUGGGAUCCUGGAGACUUCCAGAGCUCCGAGCACAGUGCAGUCAGCCACCUAUAGACUCCCACAGGAACAAAGUAUAAACUCUGCGGAGGAGAGCACUGCUUGUUGUACAUAAAGAUCUUACGCAGGAAUGCAAAGACCUUUGGGAAAUAAAAUUUGCACGCGUCUUUGGAACUUUUCCCAUACAUGGUUGCAGUAACCAGUGUUACCAAUCAAGGAAUGUGUCUUAUUCUGGCCAUGGACGUAUGACAGCCAGCAAAACGCAAGAAAAAUAUACAGAGACUCUGCGGAG